AUUGAUGUGCCCAGUUUCAAACACUAGCGUGCCUCCCUGUUUUUAUAACUAUUUAUUGGGAAGUGGAUGCGAGGAAGUCUGAUGGACGCGAAACCGAUGUAUAAUUGAGUUCAAAAGUGAUCUCUUGUUAAAUAAAUAGUAUUAAAAAUCCAAUGGAUGGGAAUAUGAUUGGCCCCGGUCCCUACAGGGCAACAAAGUUGUGGAAUGAAACCAUAAAGCUUUUUCGUGAAGGGAUGCCCAUCAAAAGACACUGGGCUCAUUUUCGAAGUUACGACAACAGCUUCACCGGCUCAGAGGCUGUUGAUUAUCUCCACAACCUGUUAAAAUGUAACCAGAACUUUGGGCCUGAGGUGACCCGCUAUCAGUCUCUACAGCUGCUCAGAAAGUUCCUCAAGAACCAUGUGAUUGAAGAUUUUAAAGGACGCUUUGGAAAAGAAGACUUUGAAGACAACGGACGUUUAUACAGAUUUCCUCCACAGUCACCUUUCAAGCCUGUUCCUCAGCGCCUGCCUUUUAGAGAGGUUAUUCCACAGAUGCUGCAAUGGGACGACUGUGAUGAUGCACAACUGCCCUCAGCGAUACCCAUGAAGCCCCUUGUUUUGAAUUCUGAGACAUGGAACAAGAGGCACAGCAUUGCCAUAGGGGAAGUUCCUGAGUGCAAGCUGAUCCGGAGGAGAGAGAUCACACCAAAGCAUGUGGACCAGAUAUGGAAGUCGAUGACUUUUAACCGUUUGCAGAGCAUUUUGGGGCUGAAGUCCUUAGACGGUGUUCUCGACGCGAAGCUCUUAAACUCCAAGCACAUUGUCUACAACGUAUUUAAUGUCAACAAACAGGGCAUUGUUGUUCUGAAGAACAAAGCAGAGGACCUUCCUCACUGGGUUUUAUCUGCAAUGAAGUGCUUGGCAAAUUGGCCUAACGGAAAUGAGGUUAAUCAGCCCAUGUACUCCGGUUUUGAGCGAGAUGUUUUUCGAACAGUAGCCGAACACUUCCAGAGAUUAAGAGAACCACUGCUGACGUUCCAGAUGUAUGACAUUUGUGUCAGCAUUCUGGGACUACUUCCACGACAACAGAUUGCGGUUGAGGCACUGCAGGUCUGCUGCCUUCUCCUACCUCCAGCCAACCGGAGAAAGCUGCAGUUAUUACUGCGCCUGAUGUCUAAAGCCUGCAACAAUCAUCUUCUCCCACCACUUAACGACACCAUAGGAACACGUACCCUGAUGGUCCAGACCUUCUCCCGCUGCAUUCUAUGUUCAUCAGAUGAAGUGGACCUGGAUGAAUUGCUGGCUACCAAACUUGUCAACUUCAUGAUAGACAACCAUGAAAACGUGCUGAAGGUCCCCUCCGAGCUGCAGAGAUCUGUGCAGGAGCAUAUAUCGCACCUGCGAAGAGCUCAGAUAAAGUAUGCAGGUGCUGACACGGACUCCACGCUGGAGAUGCCACCGCAAACAUUCUGCAGACAAAUCAGCAGGAAAGAGUUUGAGGAGCAGCGAGUCACAGGGUCCCAGGGAGCUCUAGUGGAGCUACUAGAAGAGAUAAUUCAUGACAAGGUUAUGUCUAUAAAGGACAAGAAGAAGAAACUGAAACAGUUCCAGAGAUCCUAUCCUGACAUCUACCGCAGACGCUUCCCUACAACCGAAAGUGAAGCUGCAGUGUUUCCAGAGAGGCCCCAGAAGUUCAAACCUCAGCUGACAUUCUUCACCCUAAAAAAGAAGCCUGCUCAGCCUUUCCAGCGGAGCUGGAGCUUCCGUGCUUGAACUGAAAAUACAGUAAGGUCAUUACAAAGCAGCCAAAUACUGUAAAAAAUACUGUCUACAGACCCAUGGUUAUGAGCCCAUAACUCCUAUACUCUGUAGUAUUUUUAGAGCUGGAAUUGCUCCGUUUUAUUGCAUUGCUGCUGGAAUAUUCUAGCUUUUGAUUUCACUUGAAAAACUGACACUGGAUUCUGGAGUAUCGAAGUUAUACAUCUCAUGUAGUCAUCAGGAUAUUCAGUGAUGACUGCUUGAAGUCUUAUUUUUCAGACAACAUAUCACCAACCUCAUCAAAGACUGGGGGAAAAAGAAAAGAAAAAUUAAAACAAUGUAUGUAUGUAUGUGUAUAUAUGUAUGUUAGUGUGUGUGUUUUGUGUGAUAAUGGCAGCAUGAUGUGAUUUGGUUGCUAACGAAACUGUGGUAAUUGUAAAAAAAUUUUUUUUGCAGAGGUGCCAAUAUAUUUAGUUUUGCUGCGUCUUUUUUUUUUUUUUUUUUUUAUUUAUUUAUUUUUUUUUUUUAAAUGUUAAACUAUACAACAAAAAAACAUAUCAAACAAAUUCACUGAAGAGGAAAAGAUGCAGGAAUUCACAAGCUUCAGUGUUGUAGCAUAUAGGGGACAAAAAGAGAGUAAGGCUGCUAAUAUUAAUAAUGUAUGUAAUAAUGAAUCUGUCUCACAGCCAUUCCAUUAUUCUCUUGUUUGAAACACAUCUAGAAAUGUUUUAAUGUAUUGCUCUCUCGCUUACACUGAGCUUUUUUUUUUUUUACAUGAUACCAUUCUGUUUCAUUCUCUUUGGCUGCUAGGAUUUUCUUAUUAACAGUGUUUUAGGUCAGUUCCAGGUUCUGCUGCUGGCUUGCGGUUUGCUUGGCUCACAGAAGCCGGGCAAUGAACAUGAACUACAGUUAUCAACUAUUUCAGCUCAUCCCCUAAAUAUCACCCUUUAGUUACAGACACAAGCUAAAUCAUACCUGUCUUCACCUACUACAGUGCCUUUACCUGUAUGGAGCUUAAACUAAAGACUAAAGAACAUCAUUUUCCUUUUUUUUUUUUUUAAAUCCGCUUCUCAAUAUAUACUGCAUUAUUUUUGUACCGCAAAGAUUUUUUAAACAAAAUGUUUUUUCCCUUUUUAAAAAAAAAAGCAUUUUACAUAUCUUUUUAUUUGAAGAAAAUUGGAUGUAUUUUUUUUUGUUACAAUAUUUAAUGUUACGUUUAUUGUUUUGCCUGGUUGUUUGCAAUUAUUUGAUAAUGAAUCGAGUAUUUUACCAUGCACAAUGUUCCCAUUUAAUCUUUAUAUGAAAGUGUAUUUGCAAUAGAAGUCACUGCUUGUCUUUUUGUUUGUAAAGAUAAAUGUAUAUAUAAUGCAAGCUGUAUAUCUGUAUCAUUUGAAAUGCUAUAGUUACUGUUCUUGUCUGAAAUGCACAGUCAUCACUGCUGUAAUUAAAAAUGUGUACAAAGAAAUAAGAAUGUGGAGAGAUGAAAAAUGCAAA